GCUCGCAGUUGCAUUAAAUGUAGAAACCUUCACUUCUUGUGUGAACGUAUUUAUUCGUGCAGGCGCUAGAGUGCGUAACAAAACGCGCGAGCCAGUGGAUAUUUGCCGAAGAAUAUUUAGCCAACGUCUCGGCCUUGGAAAUAUCGGCGCAAUGUUCCUUGACAUCGUUAUAUAUGCAAGUUUGGCCAUUUUAGCCUCAGCGCAAAUUAAGGCACCAGGACCCGUGCCACCCUCGGUACUCACGCCACCACCUGAACCACAGGUUGCUCAGACACCCCAAGUACCACCACAACAAAAAGUACCACCUGUAUCCCCGAAACCCCCGGCGCCCUCAGCACCAUCGCCACCUCGGGCACCUCCUGCGCCCCCGUCACCCCCUGCAACCGCAGCGCCGCCGAAGGCGCCACCAACGCCUUCGAAAGCUCCUAAGCCCCCGAAUGACAACAAUCCGGAUUGUAUUGCCAUGAGGUACCAUAUACCCAGGCACCUUUUUUACAACUGUACAUUUGUUUGUGAAGGAGAUGAAGAAUUUAUUUUGGGCAACCGCGAAACAUGCUUUGCUCAAGACCCAAUCGAAGACAUGCCUGUCAGAAAGGGUGUAAGAACUGUCACCGGGGACAUGGGAACCUGUAUAGAUGGAAAGUGCGUCAUUCCAGAGAGUGGGACACCACCGAAAAAGCCUAAACCUCCAAGGCGUACUCCAAAGCCGAGGCCACCCGCUGACAUCAGCCCAGACUGUGAUCAUCCGAACACCACCAAUUACGUUUAUCAGGAAUGCAGCUUCAUUUGUCAAGGAGACCAACUUUUCACCUUGCGAAGUCGCGAGCGGUGCAUACUGCCAGGGCAAAAUUCAUCGCGUGGAACAUCUCCAGUAAAGGGAAGCGCGACAGCUUUCGUUACGGGAGUCUGCGUAGAAGGAAAAUGUGUACUUAACGAUACUUUGGCUCCACCGCAACAGCCAAUAAUACCAAUGCCCCCACGAGAAACUAAUCCGGAUUGUGCUGCUAGCAAGCAGAAGAAUUCCAGUUAUCUUUAUCACAAUUGUACAUUUGCCUGCGAAGGUGAUGAAGAAGUAGCGUUGGUCGAUAAAGAAUCCUGCGUGCUCAAACAGCUAUCCCAAGCAGGUACCAAAAAUCAAGUUAAAACAGGAGGCCAGCUUGAAGUCGAAAUGGGAUUCUGCUUAGAAGGCAGAUGCCUUCCGCCGGGCAGUGAGGGGCCACCAUCAAAUGGAAAGCCCCCACGUGACACAAACCCGGAUUGCACUGCUUGGAAAAAGAAGCAAGCCGAUUACCCAUAUAACAAUUGUACAUUUAUAUGCGAACGAGAUGAAGAAGUGCCAUUGAACAAUAGGCAAUUCUGUGUCCUGAAACCAGCAUCUCAAGCCCCCACGAAAACUCAAGUUAAAGGAGGAGACCGGGAUACUGCCGAGUUAGGAGUCUGCGUAGGUGGCAGAUGUGUUCCAACGAAUGCCCAGACACCGGGAACAACUGGAAAGCCAGGACCCCCACGUGACACAAAUCCGGAUUGUAAUGCUUGGAGGGAAAAUCUGACAAAUUACCUUUAUCACAGCUGCAUGUUUGCAUGCGAAGGAGAUGAAGAAGUGCCUUUGAAAAAUAAGCAAUCAUGUGUUCUCCAUUCGACAUCCAAACAAGGUAAAAAAAAUCAUGUAAAGGGAGGAGAGCUGGGCACCGCAGAGAUCGGAUACUGUAAAGACGGCCAGUGUGUUCCCUUGGACAACAAGUCACCGGUUACGACUGGAAAGCCACAACCCCCGAAGGAGAAGAACCCAGAUUGUUAUGCUUGGGAGAAGAAUCAAGCCAAUUAUCUUUACCACAGCUGUACAUUUGUUUGCGAACUAGAUGAAGAAGUGCCAUUGAACAAUAAGCAAUCUUGUGUACUUCAGCCUGCAUCCGGAUUACCUUCAACACAUCCGGUGAAAGGAGGAGAGCUAGGAACUGCAGACAUUGGACACUGCGUGAAUGGCAAAUGUGUGUCCCCGAACAGCAAGCCACCAAUGAUAACGACCAAGCAGCCAGGACCCCCACGUGAAACUAAUCCGGAUUGCACUGCUUGGAUGACGAAUCGAACUGAUAAUAUUUAUCACACCUGCACGUUUAGCUGCGAAGGAGAUGAAAGAGUGGCUUUGCGCAAUAAGCAGUCUUGUGUGCUUCAACCGGCGUCUGGGUCAACUAAAAACCAAGUCACAGGAAUUUUGCCUUAUCUGGAGAUAGGAGUCUGCGAUAACGGAAAAUGUGUUCCACAGAACAGCAACAUACCUCCGAAGAUACCAAUGCCCAGGCCACCAAUUGACAAUAAUCCAGAUUGUAAUCACAUGGACGAUGGCUCCGGUGAAUACGUUUACCAGAACUGCUCGUUUGUUUGUGAAGGGGAUGAAGAGUCCUACCUGAACAACAGUGAGAAGUGCGUUCUUCAAGGCCAAUCUCCAGUCGCCAUUCCAACUUCGUUACAAACAACGUCAGCUGCUUUUGGUACGGGAGUCUGCAAAGAGGGACAGUGCGUUUCUAAAGAUGCGGUUCUACCUCCAAACCCUGGACGGCCAAGACCACCACGAAGGAGCCCUGACUGUAAAGCUUGGAAGAAAGGGCUCAAGAAUUACGCUUAUGGCAAAUGUGCAUUUCCUUGCGAAGGAGACGAAAUGGUGUUCUUAAAGACAGGACAAAAGUGCAUUCUUCCAGAGGGCCAGACUAUAGAUACUGCAAAGAAGGGUAGACGCACACGCCGAAAAGGAAUCUGCGAAAAAGGAGUGUGUGUUCCUAGAAACAAGAAAGUGCGACCGCCAAAAGUCCCACCUACGGUGCCAACACCGCCACAGGAGAAGAACCCGGAUUGUAAAGCUAUGUAUCAAAAAUCAAAGGCUCACGUUUAUCACAAAUGUACGUUUGUUUGUGAAAGAGACGAGGAGAUUUGGUUGAGAAACAAUGAAGAGUGCAUGCUUCCAGAAAGCCAAGUUAAAACCUUUUUUCCCGUUUCUACUCAACAAAGGCUCUCCAAAGGUACCUGCAUACAAGGAAAAUGUGUUCCUAGAAGCCCUGAAAAGAAUGCUGUUGCAUUCGACAUGACGCAGAGAUAACCUCGUGUCCUGCCUUCCAUGUAAAGAAUAAAUGGUGGAGUGUUUAUGUCAAAGAAA